AUGAAGCGCGGACUUGGAACCGUCCUACGCGGCUCGUCGCCCUCGACGCGGGGAUAUCGACCACCACCCCCGCUCGUCCCCGGCGCGACCGCUGCCGGCAGCAACGGCGCCAAGUCGUCAUCGGUUGGCUCUCAUCAUCCGCGACGUCUUCUUGGCGGAGGUCAGCUCUCGCAGCAGCAGCAGCUCUCCUCCUCUCAACGGCAUCAACAGCUUGGAUGCGUGUCGUCGCUCUCGUUGGAUGAAUGCCACGCUGGGGGGGUUCGAGAGUCCCAUCUCGCCCAAGCCAAGCUGCAGGCUCUCGCGGGGCAAGGCAGCGUGGCAGCAAGAGGAAGGCGGGGAAGCGGUCGCGGGUUUGCACCUCCUCUCCGGGGAGCAGCGGCGGCGGCGGCAGCGGUAGCUGCGGUAGCAGUAGCGGCCGGUAGUGGAGGAAAGGAGGCGGAUUGCGAUUACCCACAAGGGACGAAGUUUGGAGACGUCUACUUCUGCUCAGGGAAAGCUUUGGGGAGCGGGAGCUUUGGGACGGUUUGCACAGCCCAGCACAGGACAACUGGAAAGGUGGUUGCUGUCAAGCGCAUUCCGAGGACGAGGACCCCCGACUUUACCUUCGCCGAGAUCUGCUGGGAAGUCGAAGUGCUCAAGCUGGCUGGAGAGCAUCGCAACGUGACGCAGUUCCACGACAUCUUCGAAGAUGAUGACUACUAUUACCUGACCAUGGAGCUGGCGCGGGGGGGAGAGCUGUUCGAUUUGCUGGUGGACAGCGGGCCGCCGGACGAGGUCCACACUGCGACGCUUAUGAAUUCGCUGGUGGAGGCUGUAGCUUUUAUCCACCUAAACGGAAUCAUCCACGGGGAUAUCAAGCCCGAGAACGUGUUCUUGACGAACAGCAGCACGGGAGACGUGGACUGGGAAGGUAUUCGCCUGGGAGACUUCGGGUCAGCCGUGGAGAUGGUUCUAGGGGGAGGCACCACCCUAUCGGGGAUGUACACAAGAGGGACCGUGGCGUACAACCCGCCGGAGAGCCUGCGGCGCAUGCUGGACGGGAAGGACGUUGUAGUGACCACGAUGGGCGACGUGUGGGCGCUGGGAGUUGUCCUCUUCAUGCUCCUCACGGGAGAGCACCCCUUCACCCCGGACAUGUCGAUCUCCGACGAGGAAAUGGCAAAGCGGGUGCUGGGGAUGUGCGACGGUCGGUACGGCGAGGCGGCCUUGUUUCCCGACGCAGAGGAGGACGAGGAGGGCGGGGGAGGGGCCAGGUCGAGAGUGUCCCCGCUUGCGAGAGACCUCAUCCUUAAGAUGCUGACGCCAGACCCGGAGCUUAGGGCGACGCCGCAGGAGGUGCUGCAGCACCCGUGGCUAGAGCUGGCCUCGCUCAGAGGCGGGGACCGUACCCUCCGCACGAUGAAUCCGCGGUGCCACAUGCACCGGCACCGCACCGAGAGGCACCCGCGGUACGGGGAGCCGACGCCGACGAACGCGGAGGCGCUCCAGAAUUUCUGGUCCGCCCGCCGCAGACUCAAGGCCUGCAUGCUCGCCCUCAUGUGCGGGCUCGUCGAGACCGAGGUGGAGGGUUACAACGAGGGGGAGGGCCUGCGGACGAUGAUGGAGACCAACCUGAAGAUGGACGAGAGGGGAAUAAAGUGGGGGGCGCCGCCGCCGCCGCCGGCGGGUCUCGCCGGGGCCGGGAUCCCCGCGGUGCUGCUGCCGAACUCGCUGUUCCAGUCAACGCCUACCCGCAACCCCCCCUUCUCCGCCGAGAUGGAGGCCAAGGAGAAGGCGGCGGCGGCUGCUGCGGCGGCGGAGGCCGCCGCCACCGCCGAAGCCGCGGAGAAGAAGGCGAAGGAGGAGGCCAGCGUCAAGGCCGCGGCGAUGUACGCGGACUACCUGGAGAAGAUACUGCAGGAGGAGGACGACCUCAGCGAGGACCGGUUCAUCGCGACGCUGACGAGUGUAGGCAUCCAGCCGUACGCGAUCGGGUCCCGCGAGGCGGCGUGCGGCAUAAUCGACCGCGGGCGGAAGGGGUACAUCACCCGGGGGGACCUCGAGCACAUUAUGCUGGCCAUGGGGGAGCACUUAACCCGCGCGGAGAUCACCGACAUGAUGAGGGCGAUCGACGGAAACCCCGCGACUGAGUCGCGGCGAAUCACGUACGAGGAGAUGGUGCAGACGGUGCCGCCGCUGUGCCCGCCGAAGAAGAUCAAGGCCGGCCAGACCCUGUACAAGGAAGGGCAGCUGGACCCCACCUUCUACCUGCUGAUGAAGGGCACGGUGGAGUUCUCGGUUCGCUCCCUCCAGGGGCAGGCUGGGCUGCAGCGGCAGUCUUCCGGAGCUUCGUUUGGCGAGGUGGAGCUGCUUCGGCCGGAUGAGCUCUCGACGCCGAGGCUGGCCACAUGCACGUGCGUCGGGCAGCCGAGCGGGGGCGGCUGCGAGGUGAUGAUGGUGACGGAGCACAUGUUCGACCUCUUGACGGAUACCUUUGAGGGCGUGCGCACGAGCCUCGAUCUUCAGCGGGAGGUCCGGCUGACCCAGCUGGCGGAGGCGGUACUCUCCAAGGUUUUCCAGGGCGAGGAGGCGACCUUCGGCAAAGAGGACGUGGUCUGGGGCCAGGACGGCAAGGAGACGGCCGGGGAGUGGAAGAAGGUCGUGCCGGUGCAGGGGCCGCUCCCCCCCCUCUGGAAGAGGAAGGAGCCGAAGAACCCGCCCCCGAUUCCGGUGCCGCCCGUGUCUCGGCCCCUUCGCCUCACGCUACCACCACGAUCUUACUCUUCUUCCUCUUCCUCUUCUUCUUCUUCUUCGCCGGCCCCGUCCUGUUCUCCCGAGGCAUCGGUUGACGGGCAGAGUCAGGGCCGCGCGGAUGCGGCGGCUGGGGAGAGGGAGGCGAUGGCGAGCUCCGGCGGCGAUGGUAGGCCGCCCGCCCGAUCGGGAAUCGUCAACCUCGGGUCGCGGAGCGUCACCACCUACGGCAGAGCAGCCGCCGCGAACAGAGGCAGCGGCAAGCCGACGACGGAGGACUCACACGCUGCCGCCGCCGCCGCUGCCGCUGCUUCGGCGGCAGUGGACCCCGUCAGCGCGGCGGGCGGCGACGACUCCAACGACGACGGCGGCGUGGACAACGAGGGAUCGUUCGUGCUGCUGGUGUUGGAAGGCUCCAUCACCGCCGAGUACGGCCUCGAGGGAGCCGCCAAGGCGAACGGCCUCGAGGGAGCCGCCAAGGCGAACGGCCUCGAGGGAGCCGCCAAGGCGAACGGCCGGUCCUGGAGGGGGGCCGGCGGGCACGGAUCUCGAGGGCACGGCGACGGCAGGUCGCCCAAUUACAAGGCUCACCCUCGGCACGAAAUGGAACGCGUGCUGGGGAAAGGUGACUUCUUGUUCUGCGGUAAGGGUUUUGGAGACGGUCAUCCGCUGUCGCCGAAGGUGGUGUCGUGCAAGCCGGGGCAGACGGCCAAGGUUUUGCGGGACUCGUAG